CGGUGUUGUUUCAGUUCGCGCCGGAACCACCAACAGCACUUGAAAGAACACUUUGGGAAAACUAUAAAAAAUAUUUUGGGAAAGUCAUGGCGAGCACUGAAAAGGACGUGUGAAGCCAAAUAUCUUGGACAACGACUGCCGUGCAACCACUGUCAGUCACGCACAAUGACGACCGACUUCGGGACCAGCCCAUUUGUGUCCAGCAAUCCGAACGCCAGCUGCAGUGCAUCCCGCUGGCUGACGGAGGAGGUGUUUAAGCUGAUCGACAUUGUCCAGCGCGACGAGGCCAUCUAUAAUCCGCGCCACAAGUACUACUUCUGCCGGCCAUACGUAGAGAACUUCUGGCGCGAAGUGGACCAGAAGCUGGAAAAGAACCCCGGCGCCAGCCUGGCCAAAUGGACCAAUCUGCGCAUCUCCUUCCGGCGCGAGUACACCAACUACAUCGAGGAGAAGGUACCUCCCUGUUGGUCCUACUUUGAUCGCAUGUUCUUCCUGCAUCCGUAUUUGCGGAAAAAGCAUCAGCAGCCAAAGUCUCUGGAUACCCAGGUGCAGGACGCGCUGGCUCAUCUCUCUAGCCUUUCCAACCGCAUGCAGCGGGAGCGGUCCGUGGUCAUUCCGGCUAGCAGCAGCAGCGGUCAGCCCACGCCCUCGGCCCAUCAGUCGCCCCAGGCGCAGCAACUGGAUAACUACCUAGAUUACUUCGACGAGGCGGAGCACAACAACUCCGAGCUUGAGGACAUUAUAGAGGAGGAGCAACAACAACAUCGGAGUAGCCGGUACCGCAAUCAACUAGACAGCAACGACAUCAAGUCGGAGUGCGAGGAGCCUGCAGAUGACUACGAACAGGAGCCGCACGACCAGGAGGAGGAUGACCAAGAGGACCAGGAUAUGCAAAAGAUGGCAGCCACCCCCUCCAGUUCUUCUUCAGCCAUGGAUAUCCAGCGUCGUUAUAUCCAACAUCAGCAACCGCAGCCACAACCGCACACCGCUCGAAUGCAGUUGGGCCGCCCGCAGAUGCGGGCCUAUUUGGAUGACAUGCGUGGAGCAAUUCGUCCGCGGUCCCAGGAACUGCAGGCUACUACAACAGCCGUAGCAGGUGUCAACUAUGCCUCCCAGCAGGGUACACAUUCGAACAUUUCCUUUGUGCGUCCCACGUUCAGCAAGCCCGUUGAUCUGGUCAGCACCACAACGCACACCGCGGGUGGUGGAGGCGGCAGUGGAGUGGCAACCACGACUGCGUCGUCUGAAGCCGAGCUACCCACGCCCUCCUCGGCGGCGGCGGUGGCUACGCCCGUUAUCGCACCCAGCAACAGUGCCAACGCCAGCAGCGGCUACCUAAGCCAGCGGCAUGCCCACAACCAUGUUCACAGUGGCCACCACCCGGCUGCGCCGCCCCCGCUGCCGCUGAGAUUGGAAGCAAGCAACUCAGCAGGAAGUGCGCCCAUUUCAAAUGGAGGCGUUAGUGGCGGCGUAGAGCUAUGCGACUGCAAAACCGAUCCGGAUGCCAUGUUCUUGAUGAGUCUGCUGCCGGACAUCCAGAAGCUAAACGGACGCGACCGUGGCAAGAUCAAGAUUGCCUUCCAGAACAUCCUGCAGGACUACCUAUAUCCAGACUAGUGUCUCUAGAUCUCUGUGAAUACUUUCCGCUUAUAUGGCAGGGGAACAGAUCCGGCUCAGCCGCAGAGUUCCGCUUUUAUUCUUAUGUUUGUUUCCUUGUAAUUUUUGUUGAGAAUUACCCCCAAGCUUUGCUAUGCAAAAACAAAGUAUCCUUAAACCGUUUUGAACACUAUCAGCUUACGAAUAUUAAGUGUAUAAAUAUUUA